AUGGAUAUUCGAAGUUCAUUCAGCGCUCAAUUACAACUUAUUGGUUUACUGUGUGAUUUCUCAAAUAUUACCUUGGUCAAUAGUCUUAACGAGAUGUCAAACACUCAAUUAAUUACUCGAGAAGUCAUCUCGUCUAUUAUUCUUCAAACUCAAGUCAAUGAUUUAGUUGAUAAUUUUCGAAUUCAAAUUUCAACGACACUCGAUCGUACUUUGAAACUUAUUCGUGAGACAUCAGUUGGCAACCUACUCGUAUCGGGGUGGAAAACCGAUGCUUCUACAAUUUUAUUCGCUGCAAAUACUGCUGGUGAUCUAUGGGCUGCUAUUGAAAUGAAUAUUCUUCCUCAAUCUGCCGAUGGAUUACCUUGCUAUUGCUCAACUACAUUUCAGUGUCGAAGUCAAGCGGCCAUCUAUCAAGAGACAGAUCCUGCAGAACAAACUGUGGUUAGAGCACUGCAAGACUUUGCUACAAGUGAAUUUAUAACUGCUAAUGUGAUAUCUGCAACUAUCUUUGAUGCACAAAUGCGUUCAACAAUAAAUACUUUUCAGCUUGAGACACCAAGCGCAUUUAUUAGUACAUUAGAACUUAUUCGACGUACGACACAUGGUAAUGCCUUUAUGACAGUGUACGCAAGUAAUUGGGAGUAAGUGAUAUCACAGUUUCCUUAUAUAUAUAUCUGAUUUCAAAUUUCACAUAGCUACAUUGUCAACAAGGCAGAACCGGAUGCAACUGUCUUCACUUAUCCAAUUUCUUAUGAUAAUUGUUCAUGCGCCAUGUCAUAUAAAUGUUCUUCGUCGGCUUUUAUUUAUUCGUGGAAUAAAACAUUUAUGUAUGAAGUUCCUGGCUUUCGCAUGGACUGCUUUCCACUCGAGGCUCUUCUUCAAUCGACACUUGAAUGUAUAUAUUCCCAAAUGUGUGUGGAUCUAGUAGCCCAAUUGCUUCGACCAAGAACAGUGAUUCACGUAACUGCUUUAGAAACGAACAGUAGUAGUCGAUUUUCACGAAACACAACUGUGGAAAUGAUCCUUCAACAACUGUUCGUUGAAGAGUGGUCCACUAACAUUUCUUACGAAGCUUUUUUUUCUGCAUGUGAACCAUUAUCGUGCACAUAUAUUUACACGACUUCACUCAAUGUCAUAUAUGUGGCAACGACAUUUUUCAGUCUCUAUGGUGGACUUAUUGUAACCUUAAGAACUUUAGCCCCAUUGAUUCUCAAAAUUAUCACGACGAUAAGACGCUACUUUUUCCGAAGCAAUCAAUGAACCUGUAACAAUCAAGAUUGAAACAGACAAUUUGAUAAUUGAUAAAAAUCAAGAAGCAUUUCACUUGAAAAGCAAUAGACUAAAUCAAAUAAAACUACAUUUUAUUCGAUAUUCUAAUUCUAGUAGUGUCACGCAUCCAAGACUUUCGAGAACUACAUAUCUAAGGACGAUCAUACUUAUCCAAUGUGGAUGUGGAGAUUAGUCAAUUCAAUAACAGUACCAGCGUCAAUAUUCACCCCACACCAACACCCACGAUAAAUAAUCAGUUUAACAAUUUUUUAAAGUUAUAUUUCUAAUCGACCAUCUUGUGAGGAAAAUCUCAAACGAGAUAUAUCUAUAUAUCGGUUAUGGGUGUGGAUGUGGGUGUGGAGUGUGAAUGUGGGUCAUGUUUUAUUUCAUUCGGGUGCAUCCCUUUUCGUCCUCGCUCUUCCGAACAUCCGGACAAAUAAACGAAUGUUCGGAAUCGAUUUUAGAGCAUAAUAUCGUGUUUCCGGAUGUUCGGGAUGAAAACCGUGCAGAUGUUCUGAACGAAAAAUAUCCGAUAUUCGGAACAAAAAAUACGCGAUGUUCGGAACGAAAAAUAUAGGAUGUUCGGAACAUAAAAUGACGGCUGCUCGGAGCGAAAAGUGACGAAUGUAGGGAAUGAAUUUUGGUGUCUGUUUUUAACAUAGAAAAGGAUUCAUUCAUAUAGUAUCUUUUAAGUCCUUGAGUGUAGUGACCUCUUGUACAUUCAGUUAGAGUUUUUUAAAGUAGUGUAGAGUUCAGUAGUGAACGA